CAGCCGGCCACUGGCCCGCACCUGUGCGACUGCCAUCGCGAGAUUUGACAGGCGGAGGAGGAGCUGUCGCAGGCAGCCGCCUCACAGCGAUGGCGGCCGAGCAGGGCCGGCGGCAGUGGUUGCUGCUGCUGCUGCGGCCGGAGACGGCAGUGGUGGCGGUAGUGGUGGGUGGCGGGGGUCUGUGACCGGGAGCCGCCCCCGGACCCGGGCACCAUGAGCCAAGGCCCCCCCGCAGGGGAGAGCAGCGAGCCAGAAGCAAAGGUCCUCCACACUAAGCGGCUUUACCGGGCUGUGGUGGAGGCUGUGCAUCGACUUGACCUCAUCCUUUGCAACAAAACUGCUUAUCAAGAAGUGUUCAAACCAGAGAACAUUAGCCUGAGGAACAAGCUGCGUGAGCUUUGCGUCAAGCUUAUGUUCCUGCACCCAGUGGACUAUGGGAGGAAGGCAGAGGAGCUGCUGUGGAGAAAAGUAUACUAUGAGGUUAUCCAGCUUAUCAAGACUAACAAAAAGCACAUCCACAGCCGGAGCACUUUGGAAUGUGCCUAUAGGACACACCUAGUCGCUGGUAUUGGCUUCUACCAACAUCUCCUUCUCUAUAUCCAGUCCCAUUACCAGCUUGAACUGCAGUGCUGCAUCGACUGGACCCACGUCACCGACCCCCUCAUAGGAUGCAAGAAACCAGUAUCUGCCUCAGGAAAGGAGAUGGAUUGGGCACAGAUGGCAUGCCACCGAUGUCUAGUGUACCUGGGGGAUUUGUCACGAUACCAGAAUGAAUUAGCUGGCGUAGACACCGAGCUGCUAGCCGAAAGAUUUUAUUACCAAGCUCUGUCAGUAGCUCCUCAGAUUGGAAUGCCCUUCAACCAGCUGGGCACCCUGGCAGGCAGCAAAUACUAUAAUGUGGAAGCCAUGUAUUGCUACCUGCGCUGCAUCCAGUCGGAAGUGUCCUUUGAGGGGGCCUAUGGGAACCUUAAGCGACUCUAUGACAAGGCAGCCAAGAUGUACCACCAGCUGAAGAAGUGCGAGACUCGGAAGCUUUCCCCUGGCAAAAAGCGAUGUAAAGACAUUAAGAGGCUGCUGGUGAACUUCAUGUAUCUGCAAAGCCUCCUGCAGCCCAAAAGCAGCUCCAUGGACUCAGAGCUGACCUCACUUUGCCAGUCAGUCCUGGAGGACUUCAACCUCUGCCUCUUCUACCUGCCCUCAUCACCUAACCUCAGCCUGGCCAGUGAGGACGAAGAGGAGUAUGAGAGUGGCUAUGCUUUCCUCCCGGACCUUCUCGUCUUUCAAAUGGUCAUCAUCUGCCUUAUGUGUGUGCACAGCUUGAAGAGAGCAGGAUCCAAGCAGUACAGUGCAGCCAUUGCCUUCACCCUGGCCCUCUUCUCCCACCUCGUCAAUCAUGUCAACAUACGGCUGCAGGCUGAGCUGGAGGAGGGCGAGAACCCUGUCCCGUCAUUCCAGAGCGAUGGCACAGAUGAACCAGACUCCUCCAAGGAGCCUCUGGAGAAGGAGGAAGAGCCAGAUCCCGAGCCUCCCUCUGCAGCACCCCUGGCAUGUGAGGGCAGAAAGAGCCGGAAGUUUUCCCGCCUCUCCUGCCUCCGCCGCCGCCGCCACCCGCCCAAAGCUGGAGAUGACAGCGACCUAAGUGAAGGUUUUGAAUCAGACUCGAGCCAUGACUCGGCCCGGGCCAGCGAGGGCUCAGACAGUGGCUCCGACAAGAGUCUUGAAGGUGGGGAAACAGCCUUUGAUGCUGAGACGGACUCAGAAAUGAACAGCCAGGAAUCCCGAUCAGACCUGGAAGAUAUGGAAGAAGAUGAGGGGACACGGUCUCCAGCCCUGGAGCACCCUCGGGCAAGAUCAGAGGCUCCUGAUUCCCUCAAUGGGCCACUAGGCCCCAGUGAGGCUAGCAUUGCCAGCAAUCUACAAGCCAUGUCCACCCAGAUGUUCCAGACCAAACGCUGCUUCCGACUGGCCCCCACCUUCAGCAACCUGCUCCUUCAGCCUAGCACUGAGGCUCACACCUUACCCUGCCACAGGCCUUGUGUCAAUGGGGAUGUCGACAAGCCCUCAGAACCAGCCUCUGAGGAGGGCUCUGAGUCAGAGGGGAGCGAAUCCAGCGGGCGCUCCUGUCGGAACGAGCGCAGCAUCCAGGAGAAGUUGCAGGUCCUCGUGGCCGAAGGCCUGCUUCCUGCGGUGAAAGUCUUCCUGGACUGGCUUCGGACCAAUCCUGACCUCAUCAUCGUGUGUGCUCAGAGCUCUCAAAGUCUGUGGAACCGCCUGUCUGUGUUGCUGAAUCUGUUGCCGGCUGCUGGGGAAUUGCAGGAGUCUGGCCUGUCCUUGUGUCCUGAGGUCCAGGAUCUUCUUGAAGGCUGUGAACUGCCUGACCUCCCCUCCAGCCUGCUGCUCCCAGAGGACAUGGCGCUUCGGAACCUGCCUCCCCUCCGGGCUGCCCACAGACGGUUUAACUUUGACACGGACCGGCCUCUGCUCAGCGCCUUAGAGGAGUCAGUGGUGCGCAUCUGCUGCAUCCGCAGCUUUGGUCACUUCAUUGCCCGCCUGCAAGGCAGCAUCCUGCAAUUCAACCCAGAGGUUGGCAUCUUCGUCAGCAUUGCCCAGUCCGAGCAAGAGAGCCUGCUGCAGCAGGCCCAGGCCCAGUUCCGAAUGGCACAAGAGGAAGCUCGUCGGAACAGGCUAAUGAGAGACAUGGCUCAGCUGCGACUUCAGCUCGAGGUCUCUCAGCUGGAGGGCAGCCUGCAGCAGCCAAAGGCCCAGUCGGCUAUGUCUCCCUACCUUGUCCCUGACACCCAGGCCCUCUGCCACCAUCUCCCUGUCAUCCGCCAGCUGGCCACCAGUGGCCGCUUCAUUGUCAUCAUCCCAAGGACAGUGAUCGAUGGCCUGGAUUUGCUAAAGAAGGAGCACCCAGGGGCUCGGGAUGGAAUUCGGUACCUGGAGGCAGAGUUUAAAAAAGGAAACAGGUACAUCCGCUGCCAGAAAGAGGUGGGAAAGAGCUUUGAGCGGCACAAGCUGAAGAGGCAGGAUGCAGAUGCCUGGACUCUCUAUAAGAUCCUGGACAGCUGCAAACAGCUGACUCUGGCCCAGGGGGCAGGUGAGGAGGACCCGAGUGGCAUGGUGACCAUCGUCACAGGCCUUCCACUGGACAACCCCAGCGUGCUUUCAGGCCCCAUGCAGGCAGCCCUGCAGGCCGCUGCCCAUGCCAGCGUGGACAUCAAGAAUGUCCUCGACUUCUACAAGCAGUGGAAGGAGAUUGGUUGAGGUGAACUGCCAGGCCCUGCAGUGAGGCUGACUCCAGAUCUCUCCUGCUCGCCCUGGCAGCCAGGACCACCACCUGUAGUCACCCCACCACACGCAGACUCACGCACGCACGCAGGAAGGAAGCCUAGCUGCGCUGAGGCUGCAGGGAGGGCCCAGGGGCCGCUGGGAGGAUGGGGUCCCCUUGCUGCCAAGACGACGUUAGGAGAGCUAGGAAGGUGCUUGGAGCAGGAGAGGCCUGUGGGCCCCUAGCCAGCUUUCCUGCCUAGCCCCCUGCUGUCCCCAGGGGCAGGUGGCAGGCAUGGGUGCCUGCAUUUCAUUGGAGUGGUUGGUUCUUGGACCUCUGAGGGGAAGGAGCAGCGGAAGAGGCCCUGCUUCCUCACCCACGUGGCAGGGUGAUAGGGGCCAAGAGGUUGGACCUCGAGGCCCUGGGGGUGAGUUGGGUGACACCAGGUGUCUGGGUGGUUCUCUGCAGACCUUUCCCCUCCUCAAGGACCACCCAUCCUCCCCUCAUCUCCCUUUGCGGGGUCUGGGCAGUUCUGGAGCCAGCCAUGGGGGCUCCUACAGAAGCGAGGCCUGGCGCAGCCCGCACUGACGAGCAGGGCCAGGGUUUGUGGCUCCUCCUGCCACUGGACUGCACAUCCCAUGGCCCCACUUCUGCUUUGUGUCUCACUGUCUAGCUUCCAGGGCAGGGAGGGGGCCCCACCUGGGACUGUCCGCAGUCCGGCCUGUGUGCCAGUGCACGUUCCUGGGCCCACCAACCCCGCAGGUGCUGUGUGUGUGCUCUUGGCUGCUGUGCUGGGACAGUGGGAAGCUGAAAAAGAGGAGGGGGCGUAGUCUGAGGCCACCGCCCCUGGCCACCCAGGGAGGCUGGAGACAAGGGGCCAGCACCCAGUGGGACAGCAGCAAGGAGAGGGCCCCUUGAAGCUGCUUGGCCAGGGGCCCCGUGUCCCUCCUCUUGCCCUGCCCAGGACUAGAGACCUGGCGGGCUGAGCGUGGGGCUGGCUUUUGGAGUGUUGAGGUGGUACGUGGGAGCAGAGAUCAUGAAUAGCUCAGGGCAGUGAGUGGCGCACCAAGAGCAGGGCUGUGUGGGAGGCUGUGGCCAGGAUUGCCUUGGCCCCUCCCCCUCAGGCUGGAAGUACCGCACAGACUGGGGGCUGGGGGGAGGAUCUCGGCUCUGCUGUCCCCACCCCAGCGUAGCCUGGCUUCUCAAGCUGUGGCGAAGAGGAGAGCUGGCCUCCGGCCUCAUUCUUCAGAACAGCAAACCUGGGGAAACCUGGGAGAAGGGUUACCCCAUCCCCAGUUCCUGGCAGAGACUGAAACUGAAGCAUCACUCAAUAAAUCCUCCCCUCCCCCCAAGC